UCUCAUCUCGCCUCCACCUCUUUAUUUUUUUCCCCACACGAAUACCAAACAAAGCCGAAAAUCAUAAACCCUCACUCCUCCUACUCCUCCCCCCACACACACUCUCUUAAACCCCUCUCUCUCUGUACCAUCUAUUCAUUUCACUUUGAACACACAAAACAGAAGAAAACGCAGACACAUCGAACGGAUUUGAAGCGAAACGCAGCCGUGCUUACUAGCCCCGAACAACGGUAGUGAGCGACAGGCCGAUGAAGCGAGCCAGGAGAAAUAACAGGGUUACUGCAAAUCUCUACGACAUCCUCUCUUUUCCGUCUGCCGACGACUCCGUCUCCCCCGCUGUUCCCUUCAGGGACAACAUCAAGGCGUUUUUGUCACGUCACGCGCGGGUCACCUUCCCUCCUUCACUGUUUCCCUCCUUGUUGACGUGGCAGAUCUUGUUUCGCAUAGGAGAUCUGGUGCUCGACGGUCCGGAUAUCUCAUCGGUCGUUCUGGCUCUCGAUAUUGUCGAGGAGGACGUUACCAGAUCUUCUAGAUCCGUGUAUUGUAACCAGUGCCGAGUCGUUGGCUGGGGUGGGCAUCCCGUGUGCAAGAAACGGUACCAUUUUAUCAUAAGAGCUAACAACAGCAGCCCCGCUGAUGGAUAUCAGAGAUCAUGCAACAGAUGCGGCAAUCGGUGGUCGCACAUAUCAUCGGAAUCCAGGUGCAAGGGGUGUGACACCGUGAUUACCACAGAUGAUAUUGAAGAUUGGGUGUAUUCUCAGUUCGAAGAUAACACUCAUCUACUUCACGGGGUUGUUCACUCCAAUGGCUUUGGCCACCUGCUUUUGGUUAAUGGAAGGGAAGGUGGUUCCAGUGUUUUGACUGGUUCUGAUAUCAUGAACUUUUGGGAUAGGCUGUGCGAGACUUUGGCAGUAAGGAAGGUAUCCGUCAUGGAUGUGUCAAGAAAAUAUGGGAUGGAGUACCGAUUGCUCAAUGCAAUCACCAAGGGUCAUUCAUGGUAUGGUGGUUGGGGUUAUGAAUUUGGAUGUGGAAGCUUUGCAAUAACAUUGGAUGCUUACAAUAAAGCAGUGGAAAGCAUAUCAAGAGUGCCCUUGGCCCCCCUAUUACUCCGGGGGCGAGGACCACAAACCAGGCUACAAUCUCUAAUUUCAUUUUACCGAUCAUUGUCAGACUCGGAGCUUGUUACUAUAAAGGACCUUUUCUCCUUUUUGUCUAGUCUGAUCCAUGAAAGCAACGAGUCAUUAGCAUCCAUGGCAACACUCAAGAACUUAAAACCUGCAGCAAAUAUAUUGUGUGUGUGGACAAGGGAUGAUGUAGAACGUGUACAACAAGCAAUGAUCAAGGUACUGGCUGCAGCAUCUGGCAAGACCAAUUGGGUUACAAGGCAUGCUCUUAAAGGUGUCAUGUGUAAAACAGCAUCUCCAGAGCUUCUUGAUUACUGCCUUAAACACUUGGGAGGGAAGUUGGCAGCUAGUGGCACAGUGGUUUGGGCACGAUGCAAUCCUAAUUCCUUCGAUAUUGAAUUCAGGCUAGAACCACCGAGUUUCAAACACAAUGGAAAUGGGCUCGACUCAAAUCAGCCAUCAAAAAAACAUAUCAUAGGUGAUCUGAAAUUUUUAUUUGAUUCCUUGGUUCACCCUGAAACGAUGGUAAACUAUAGACCUCUAGCGACUAGGGAAGAUGUGAUUGACUCAGCAACCAAGCUUCUCGACUGCAAACAAUUCAUGAAGGACUACUGCAGACCAGAUAAGCGGAUGGUUGAUAACCCUUUUGCCAUUCAGCUUUGGUGCUAUGUAGAGUUUUCAGAGCAUCUAAAAGAAGACCCAACUAUACCGCCAGAGUUAAUUGUCCUGCCUUCAAAUGCCACUGUUGCUGAUCUAAAAACUGAAGCCACCAAAGCUUUUCAACAAGUAUAUGCCAUGCUUAAGAGAUUCGAAGCUCGUGAAUUGGUAGACUAUGGGCCUCUUGAGGAUUCCAUUACUAUUAAGUUUCUGGUUGGACAAAGUGGAACUGUCCGAAUUAAAGGGACAUGCCCAUCAAAAUAUGCACUUAGCCAUUUCCGAAUGGAGAAGGGACAGGAGAAUUGGAUAGUGGAUUGCAUGUGUGGAGCUAAGGAUGAUGAUGGUGAGAGGAUGUUAGCUUGUGAUACUUGCGGUGUUUGGCAGCAUACUAGGUGCGCUGGGAUUGACAAUUGUGAUGAAAUUCCUGAAAAGUUUGAGUGCAUGAGAUGUAUCAACUCAUACCGCAAUAAAUCUGACAGGCAUCUAAAAGAAUUUUUCAAUCCAAAACAUCUACAAGCAGGGAUGGGGCUGGAACCGAUGGUGUCGGUGUCGGUGUCAGAUCUGGACUACCUAUGACAUUUAUUGUACCUUAAGGUGUACAUAUUACUUGUAAAUCCCAUGUCCCGAGUAUAUUUUUAUGGGGUUUUCUUGGAAAGCCUAUUUAGGAUUUCUCCUCUCUUUUGACAAAUGUAGUUCUUAGUCAUUUGUAUUUUGACCUUUAUACAAGGAUUAUCAAAAGAAAAAAAAAAGAUAAGUUAUUUCGUUUUGCAA